AUGCCUCGUUUCAAGAGCACACCCCGAUCCAUCCUGGAACUGGUACCUCCCGAUCCAACGCCGCUGAAUGCAUCCCCAGAAUUUCCUGUCGCAGAACCCAACGUAAUGGCUGACGAACCAGCCGUGGUGCUCCCGGAUGAAUGUGACACAAAAUUUGGCGCCGGAUCGGAUUUCGAUGAGUGUCAACCGGAAAGAUUAUCCGGUGUACUGCCUAUUCCCCCAGUGACCAAUGCAGAAUGUUUUGGCUCACUGCAUGCAGCUGCUCUAUUUGCCCAGGCGGCUGCUGUGCUAGCCAUGGGCGCAGAUAACACAUUCCCACUCAGCAACACCCACACUCCACCUAUCGCUCCUCUUGGCUUGAGUUUCCUCGGGCUCCCUCAUCCGGUCGUUGAUGAAUCGAAAGAUUCAGCUCCAGAUGAGUCCUUGUCAUCCGAAUCGGAGAAAAAAGCACUGGAACAAACACCAGUCACUGACAAGACGGACCCCUUUCUGGUCAAAUCUUCACCAAUUCAGCAACCUGCAUCAGUACCGUCCCCAUCAGUGUCACCACCACCGGAAUCACCAUCACCGUUGUCUCGGUUGAAAACUAAACCGUCUUCACCCACCCCAUCACCUUCGACACAAUUACAGUCUGUAUCAAAAAUGAUAGACCCAGAUUCACCGGAGGCUCAACCGUCAUCCAUAACUUCAUUGGAAAACCAGAAACCAGAUAAUCCAUCUGGAGAUGUUCAGCCUCAGGCGGCUCAACCUGAGCUUACCAAUAUGGAGGAGNAUGGAGGAGCACAAUGUACUCCUGCAAAGCCACCACCCACUUCACAUGCAAAACGUCCAGAAGGCUUCGUUCAGUGUCGAAUAUGUCACAAGUCACUUCGGAAGUCUUCAAUGCCUGAGCAUAUGGCUCGACAUGAUAACAGUGGGAAGUACAAAUGCACCACAUGUGGCAUCACGUUCAGCCGUCGCAGUGCACAUGAAAAACACGAACGUAUACAUACGGGUGAAAAGCCUUUCAAAUGUGAGCACUGUCCCAAAGCAUAUCGUCAGAUGGCACAUCUGCGGGACCACCUUCGCUCACACAGUGGCGAAAGACCGUUUGUUUGUCGUUUGUGCGGAUUCGCUUCCGGGUACAAGUCCCUAUUAAAACGUCACUUACGCACGCACGGGGUAUCCAAACAUCCUAACGCAGUCCCAAAUCUGUGGUAUAAAGCUUCCGGAACGAAAGAAGAAGUGAUGGCCGUUGCUUCUGAAAUCGGGCGUCAAAUAGAAUCCGGGGAAGCAAUAGUCCUGGGAGAAGGGAACGAGAAACUGAGUCCGUCAGACAAAUCAGAUAUUGAACUGGGACGCCGUCAGCUUUGUAACAAGUGCCCAGCUGGCUUUCCCACAUUUCAGGCACUUCGAAGUCAUCAGAUUGUGGUGCAUGGAUUGAUACGUAAACAUCCAUGCAAAACAUGUGGUGAGGAGUUCGCCUCAACCGGAUUGCGACGACAACACGCAAGGAAAGCUCAUCCUUUGGUGUGUCCUGUGUGCUCUAAGCGCAUGGCCACUCUACAACGUACUGAACUGAAAGAACACAUGCUAGCCGAACAUUCCCAUCAAGUGUCAAGACGACAUUCUUCGUCGAUCCCCGCUCAAUCUUCGUGCCUGUCUGAUGAAACCUGCUCCUCUCCGGAGGGUAAAAAACUUAAACGAGAAAGCGUACCGCCGGCUUCGUCAGAUCGUUCAUUCAGCCCACGUCUUCGUGAGAAAGUGGGUAGUAGUGAUUGCAUGGUGAUGACGUGGAAACGAUUUUGUUCGGUUCAGUCAACGGACCCGAUUAAUUUCAGUCAAACAGACAAUGGUGGUUAUGCGGAAUCGGAAAGUGAUCACAAUUCGGAUUCUACCUCGUCAGACUCAGAUAGUGAUAAUAGCAAUAGUGAUAGCAAUGCAGAUCAGACUGGGUGCCACCGUUCCGCAUCCGAGAAUAUCGCCGAGGUCGAUCAUCCUCUCACACCAACUAUCGGGAAUGACGUAGCCGUGACUGAUCACAAUCAAGAACCCACUUCUGAUCCGGGUCCAGCGAGUUGA